UAUGGCUUUACUUUAGGUACAUUCAGGGGGCAAAGUGUGGACCAGAACAAACACUGUCCUGCUUUGUCAGCAUGGCCCACACACACAAACAUUCUGAGGACCCUGACCUUACUCAGAUUCAGCGACAGAGCAUUGCUCAAAACACUCAGACCAGCAGCCACCAUGAAGCUCACACUGCUACUGCUGCUCCUGGUCUUCCUUUGUACCUUCAUUGUACCUGCACAGUUGUCAAAACAUGAGCACCAUUCAAAGCAUGACAAAAAGGAUCACAAGGAGAAACCAGGAGACAGACAUGGAAAUAAACAUGGAAGGCGACGAGGCAGAGUGGAGGAUCUGAUGGCUGAAUACGAUGAUGACAGCAGUGAUGAUGAUGAUGAUGAUGAAGAGAGAGGAGAAUGGCUGUUUCAGCUGCAAGAUGUCAGAGGGAGUUGCAAACCAAAUCCAUGCCUCAACAACGGAGUGUGUGAAGAAAAGCGAGGCAAAUUUAAGUGCAAGUGCCCCAAAGCUUUCAAAGGCAGGAAAUGUGAAAAAGGUAAAAGGGCCUGCAGGAGAGAUACAUGUGGAUAUGGUCAGUGUGUUCUAACAUCAAGUCCUCCUUUCUUUGAGUGCAAGUGUAUAGCACCUUUCAAACCCCCCAACUGCAAAAAAAUUUCAACUGUGCUUUUGUUUUACGCUAGUUGCCCGUGUGAAUUGAACCCAUGUGUAAAUGGAGGUACCUGUGAGAAAGAUGGUCAAGACUUUGAUUGUAUUUGCAAAACAGGGUUUUCAGGAAAAUUCUGUCAGGUAGGGCCAAAUGACUGCUAUGUGGGAAACGGGGAGUCCUACAGAGGGAAGGUGUCAGAGACAGAGGAGGGAAUUGAAUGCCUUUUCUGGAAUUCCUACUUCCUACUGGGAAAGGGAAUAAACCCUUUCCGUACAAUCAAUGACCUUCAGGGUCUGGGUCCCCACAACUACUGCAGAAAUCCAGAUGGUGAUUCAAAGCCAUGGUGCUUUAUACGAUCAGGAAAGAAGAUUAGAUGGGAUCACUGCAAUGUGAGAAAAUGUCCCACUGAUGCCAAGCCUACUGCCCAUCCAGUACCAAUGCAAACUACAGCACAUCCUGCUGUCAUUCACCCAACCAUAAGACCUACCACAUCAGGAACUUUAGAAAGUCAGAUACCUGGUAGCACCACACAUGAAAGUGACACUGCUGGACACCCCAUACCAGGAAGUGACGCUGCUGGACACCCUAUUCCAGGUACCGACACUGCUGGACACCCCAUUCCAGGUACCGACACUGCUGGACACCCCAUACCAGGAAGUGACGCUGCUGGACACCCCAUUCCAGGUACCGACACUGCUGGACACCUCAUACCAGGAAGUGACGCUGCUGGACACCCCAUUCCAGGUACCGACACUGCUGGACACCUCAUACCAGGAAUUGACGCUGCUGGACACCCCAUUCCAGGUACCGACACUGCUGGACACCCCAUACCAGGAAGUGACGCUGCUGGACACCCUAUUCCAGGUACCGACACUGCUGGACAACCCAUACCAGGAAGUGACACUGCUGGACACCCCAUUCCAGGUACCGACACUGCUGGGCAUCCCACACCAGACAGUGACACUACUGAAGCUACCACAUCAGGAAGUGCUGUGUCAGAAACCCACAGCCCAGAAAUACUUAAACCAGGAGUUCCAGUCAUACCCACGAUCCUGCCUGUGGAGAGAGAGUUUGCAACUUGUGGCAAACCCCAACCGAUAAGACCAAUGAAUCGAAUUUAUGGGGGUAUAAAGGCACUCCCUGGUGGCCACCCAUGGCAGGCUUCUAUUCAGAUUAGACCCAAAGGUACAUUUCUGCCCUUCAGACAUGUAUGUGGAGGCACCCUCAUUAAAUCAUGCUGGGUUUUGACUGCAGGACAUUGUAUUGAUAAAACCAAAGAUUACCAGGUGAUUUUAGGCAGUAUUAAUUUGGGAAAGUCUGAUGAAUCAAAGCAAACGCUGGAGGUUGUAGAAACCAUAAUCCACGAACAAUACAUGGAGACAUCUGAUUCGGUCUACAAUGACAUCGCUCUGUUAAGGCUAAAAGAUAAAAAUGGGAAGUGCGCAGUGGAGAGCCGGUUUGUAAAGACAGCCUGCUUGCCCAGUGUAGAUUUUCCUGAUGGAACCGAGUGCAGUAUCUCUGGAUGGGGAGCCACUCCAGAAUUACAAAACGGCUCCAAUCAGUUGCUGGAUGCUGAUGUGUUGCUGAUUUCUCAAGAAACCUGCUCCAGUACUCAAGUAUAUGGGAAACUCAUAGAUGGCACAAUGUUCUGCGCUGGUUACCUGGAGGGUGAAGUGGAUUCAUGUCAGGGUGACUCUGGAGGGCCUUUGUCCUGCGUGGAAAAAGAGAAACACUAUAUCUACGGCAUAGUUAGCUGGGGAGACAACUGUGGAUUGAAGAACAAACCCGGGGUAUAUACUCGGGUCACACAUUUUGUGGACUGGAUCAACAGGAGAACAGCUAGGGCGAGUGUGUAAACUCUCCUACAGUUAGAAUACAGCUGAAAAAAACAGUGGGUUAUUAAUUAUGUAAAAAUGAUUUUGAGGUAAAGAUGGUGGACAAUGUCACGUUACGUCAUAGCAAAUUCAGUGUUAACAGAACGUGUUCAUUCAGAUUGAGAAACUGAAUAUGACUGCCAGGAAGUGUUUAAAAGAGACAAGAAAAAAAUCUAAUAAAAGUGAUUUUACAAAUGUUA